AUGGUUCCGGACAUGGAUCAACGGUUUGGUCCUCAACUGGCUGGCCAUUUUGAUUUCACUCUCCUCUUUGAGCAGAUCAUUUUCGAAAUCGCCCCCAAUUCCGUCUUCGUCUUGGCGACUCCGUUCUUCUUCAAGAGCAUCGCUAGCCAUGCUGCGAAACAAGUGCGCCCAGGCCCUCUGCUCUGGGCCAAGAUGGCUCUCGGCGCGCUUUUGCUUGCCGCCUACAUUGCAAAGGCGGCCCUCUGGCAAUCAAAAUCCGAAUUACAUUCUCAAGCGUCCAUUGCCAGCUCCAUCAUCUCACUCGUGACUUCGCUCUGCACAUUGGUCGUCAUCUAUAGCGCGCACGUGUACAGAAGACGGCCGUCGGCAUUCAUGAGCGUCUUCUUUAGCAUCACAAUGCUUCUAGACAUGGCCCUCACACGGUCGUACUUUCUGCGGCAUGAAAUGGGCUACAGUUCCAUGCAAUCCAUUGCUGCGAUUCAAAUUGUGGUUGUAGUGGUAAAACUCUUGCUUGUCGUCACGGAGGAAAUGCCCAAGACAACACCGAGUCGCAAGGAAAAUGUCCCCUCACACUUCAACGGCGACUCAGAGCUCGGCUUUUGGGGCAAGGCCUUGUUUUGCUCCGUCAGUUCUCUUCUACUCUUUGGCUAUAAAAACGAACUUGGUGUCGAGAAUCUACCCCCGCUCGAUGAGCAAUUUGAGUCACGAGUCCUGUUCGAUGCAUUCUUCAAGCAUUGGAGCAAACUGGACCGAGAUGGGAGAUUCGUGCUACUGCGCGCUUGUUUACGCACAAUUCUUUGCAAGUUCCUGGCCAUGGUGAUUCCUCGUCUUUGCUACGCUGCCUUCUCUCUUAGCCGACCGUUCCUCAUACAGAGAGUACUUGAAGUUGUCAACUCUGGAAUCACAACAUAUCAGCAUGCGACUGGGCUGAUCGGCGCAGCUAUACUCAUAUAUGCUGGUAUCGCAAUAUCGAGAGCCAUUUUUGAGCGAAUCCAAUAUCAGGUCAAAGUCAGCAUCAGAGCAAUACUUAGCGUGGCUUUGUUCGACAAGAUGCAAAAGCUAAGCAUUGAUGAGAAGCAAAGCGCAGCUGCCAUCACGCUCAUGACUACUGAUGUAAUGGGUGUCGAAGCAAUCAUUGCCCUCCUUCACGAAGUAUGGGUCACAUGUCUCGAACUAGGUUUCGGAGUCUACAUUCUCUACAUGUUCGUGGAUCUAGCCUGCUUUCUUAUAUUUAUUCCGUCAAUUUUGGCCACCAUCUCCACGUACUAUUCGGCAAAGAAUAUGGCCAAGGCUCGAGGUCAAUGGAACGCAAAGAUCUCGGAUAGAGUGCAGGCUACUUCGACUGUGCUUAAUCAGCUCAAAGACAUCAAAGCCAUGGGACUAUCGCACUCCAUCUCCGACUACCUCCAGAAAAAAAGAAAGGAAGAAGUCAUUGUGUCAUUACGCGAGCGACGAUCUCGCGUUAUAAUGUUUGCCACAUCUCACGAAGAAACAACCGCCUUCAAUCUCUCCAUGACGCCUGUCAUCGUACUUGCUGGGGCACGCUUCUGGACCAGGUCUAACCCUACAAUGACUGCUGCAGAGAUAUUCUCAGCCUACUCUGUGAUUCUAAUUACAUCGGAGCCUCUUGACAGCUUACUGGAAAGAACAAUCAUGUGGGCGAGUAGUUAUGCCUGUAUCACACGCAUCCAGAACUACCUUUCUCUGCCCGAGCUGAAAGAUCCACGCCAAGUCACAGAACCAACCCAGGACGACGGUGAUUCCAAUGAGAAAUCGGACAAGCUGCUACUGAAAAAAAGCAACAAUUUUGCCAUUCGCAUGGAGGAUGUCGUUGUCCGAUCUGAACAUGGGCGGGACAUCUUGAAGAGUGUGAAUCUGAGUAUUCCACCCGGUAGUCUUGCUAUGAUGCACGGCACUGUGGGAAGCGGAAAGUCUGUCUUCCUUCAGACAAUUCUUGGCGAAGUUGAUCCCAGCGGAGGAAAAGUCUCCAUCAUGUCAAAUGACAUCUCAUUCGCCGCUCAGAAGCCCUGGAUUCAGAAUCUAACCAUCCGCGAGAAUAUCAUUGGUCCAAACCCAGUCGUCGAAUCCCUGUACAAACAAACCAUACAUGGCUGCGCUUUAGACAUCGAUAUAGCAGAUCUUCCCGCCGCUGAUGAGACAAUGUGCGGCACAGACGGGUGCAAUCUAAGUGGUGGUCAAAAGCAACGACUGGGGCUUGCAAGAUCCUUAUACCGUAAUGCGUCAAUUGUCAUCUUGGAUGAUGUUUUGAGUGCCUUGGAUACCUCGACAGCUGCGGCUGUUUUCAGUCGGCUAUUCGGACCAGGUGGCUUUCUUCGUCGCCGUGGCACUACUGUCAUCAUGACAACAAACAGACUGAAUUUUCUUCCGGCAGCAGACAUUGUCCUCGAGAUGAAGGGUGACGGUACUAUCGACGAGCGACGCGGGGCGGACAUGCCUUUGCUUGCAGAGUUUGCGCCCUCUUCUGCGGCUUCCGCAUCUACAGAUACAUGUGAAAGUGAGAAAAAAGUUGAGCCUAUCAAGUCCACAACUACAUCACCGGGUACCAAUGUGGACAAGAUGAGACGAAAUGGCGAUGUUUCCCUCUACGCCUACUUGUUUCGCUCAGCCGGACCGUUGUUGAUGUCCUUGUGGAUUUUGGGUACUGCAGUUGCUUCUGUGGCCGAGAAAAUGCCAAAAAUCUUCAUCAAGAUUUGGUAUAGCAACGAUCCCGACAACGACACCUACUUUGUCGGGUUCGCAAUGACGGCCCUUGCAAACAUAUUGCUCACUGCAAUAACGACACUAUUCUAUUUUAUCAUGAUUGUUCCGAAUCUGUCCAACGAGCUCCACUGGAGACUUUUAAAUGCUACCGUCAAAUCUACUUUAUCCUGGAUUACACAGACCGACACUGGCACUUCGCUCAACAGGUUUAGCCAAGACAUCUCCAUCAUUUCUCAGCAACUGCCCAUUGCACUUCUUCAGUUUUUGUUUAUCCUCUGCAACACGCUAGUUGAUGUAGGCAUUUUUGCUGCCGGUGCAAAAUACGCUGCGCCGAUUGUGCUCAUGCUUCUGGUUGCUCUCUACGGCGUCCAGUACUUCUACCUGCGCACUUCGCGUCAGCUCCGGCUACUCGAUCUGGAGACCUCGGCGCCGCUCUUGACGCACUUCAAAGAAGCCUCGGCGGGAAUGCAGCAUCUGAGAGCUUUUCGUUGGCAAGAAACAUUCAUGAAAGAGUGUUGCAGACUAGUGGACCGCAUGCAGAAGCCAUACUACGCCCUGUUGUCUGUGCAGCAGUGGCUUGCGCUCGUUCUAGAUAUCAGCACUUGCUUCAUCGCCACGAUUCUCAUUGCGGUGUCUACUACACUACCAAACUCUACUUCGGACACCUCAGUCGGCCUCGCCUUGAUCAACUUGAUCUCGUUUAGCAUUAUGACGUCUGCUCUAAUUAGAGUAUGGGUUGCUUUGGAGACGUGUCUGGGCGGCUUGGCCCGUAUAAGAACUUUUUGCGCGACUACACCGCAAGAGACAGACGGGCCCAGCUGCUCCCCUGUUCCGGAGCAAUGGCCCUCGAGCGGCAGAAUUGAGAUUGAAUCGAUCAGUGCGAGCUAUACGUACGAAGAUGGCACCUUGCACCAGGCACUAGACAAUGCCAGCGUCGUGAUCGAACAUGGUGAAAAAGCAGGCAUGUCAGGUCGCACAGGAAGUGGCAAGUCGUCGCUCUUCCUCGCGCUACUACACAUGAUUGAAUGCACUGGCGGCACCAUUCGGAUCGACGGUCGCGAUAUAACCACAAUACCCAGAGAAGUCCUCAGAUCGCGUAUCACAGUUCUCACUCAAGAUGGUGUUGAAGUAGAGCACAGUGUCCGUUUCAACAUGUACCCAUUUGAUGACCACCAGCCAACUGACGAAUUGAUCCUCGAAACAUUGGAUCUGGUCGGGCUGAGCGAGCAGGUACAAUCUCAAGGGGGAGUUGAGGUGGCUAUGGCGAGUAUGCAAUUCUCGCCCGGCCAGAAGCAGCUUUUCUUCGUUGCAAGAGGCAUCCUGCACCACAAAAGCGUGGGCUCCAAGAUCGUCAUGAUGGACGAGGCGACUAGUUCCAUGGACUACGGCGUCGAUCGGCAGAUCCAGAAGCUGAUAGAUGAGCAGCUCACGAACUGCACGAUUGUUCUGAUUGCGCAUCGCCUGCACUCUUUGGACAAUGCAGACGUCGUGGUGAAACUCGAGGCUGGCAAAGUUGUCGAGGUAGCAAGACGUUGCCGGACCACGACAACUGAGGACGCAUAA